AUAAUGUUACACUGGAGUCUGAGAUGAAUAUCAGUACCAGUAAGUGUGUGUUGCUAAUUAGGGGAUUAGUCAAAAUUAAGAUUAUGUUAAUUUUUAAAUGGGAAAUUGUUGGAAAACAAAAUGCAAGAUACCCAUUGAAAUUAGCUGUUCACUUGAAGUCAAGGAUUUUACAUGAACAACUUUCGCAAAUGGAAAAUUAAACAAUCCAAUGAGCAUGUAAAGGAGAAAUUUGAGACAGAGCCAACAAAAAUAAUUAAUAUCUCAAUUAUUGUUUAUAAUGGACAACAUACUGGGACAUGUGUUUAGAUUCAAACCGAGUACUAAUCACUUUCUCCGAAGUAGUUUUGUAGAUGGUUAGAAAGAUGGCGUGGGUGAAAGUAGGACACAUGUGGCUUGAUUUACUGGACUGUAGUGCUGACACAUGCAGAGUCACUCUAGGGGUUUUUAUGAGAAUUUUCUGUAGAAUAACAGCAGGAGUAAAUGUUCUCUGCAGCACUUUGGACUCCUGGAGCCAUUCAGUAGUCAGUCAAUUAUAAACCUGUGCUUACUCAACAUGUCUUUAAGCAAUUGUACACCAUGCAGCCUCUGAUUCAGUCUUAUCAACUAUAGUUCAAGGAUCGUCUAUUUGUUGCUUUCUGACACAGGAUCUCAGCCACCUGCCUUUGCACUGGAGGAACCCUGGAAGUUCUCACCACCUUUUUCUUUUCGGUCAUUUUUUAGGUUAUAUGUUUUGUUUUGCUGUAAUCUUGAUGCAUGCAUUUAAUUGUGAUGGUCAUUUUUUUUUAGAUUUAAUUAGUUAACAUGGAUUUCCAUACGUGCCUUAUAAUUAAAACCUUGGGUUGUAAAGAUGACGUCAAGUAUUGAGAACUCCAAAAGUCCACAUCAGUAAAACACACACAGACACACACGCACGCACGCCCAUUUGCUCCUGAAACGAGUAGGAGACACGAAACGCCCACCAGCCCACUAUAUUCCAGUCUCCCCCUUUUCCUUUCUGACAGUCAACAGGAAGACUGUGUCGAGCCAAAAAAACGUGAGAGAGAACGAGAAGAAGAAAGAAACCAAGCUCCAGGUUGAUUCCCUCAGAAAGUACAAAAAGUCACGAGGAGACCUGCUGCAGGUGAGAGUGAGACUAACAUCUCCAAAGAUUCUGCACGCAAGAAACAAGAACCUCCUUCAUCUCCUCUAGACCGAGCUGAUGUCUAACAAACGUCCCAAACCGGAAAAACCAGAAAAGCCAAAGAUGGCGCAGCGUCUGAGCCGCGAUCUGACCUGCUCAAUCUGCCUGGAUUUAUUUAAGCAGCCCGUGUCGCUGCCUUGCGAUCACACUUUCUGCCAGUCGUGCAUUACCAACUACUGGAGCGGCGGCGGAGGCACGCGUGCACACGGCCAACCCGGUACCGGUUCCUCCGUCUCGUGCCCUCAGUGCCGGAAAGUUUUCCCCGGUCAGAGUUACCGGCCCAACCGCAUAGUGGCCAACAUCGUGGAGAGCUACAGCCGGGAGAUCGAGGAGGAGAGCGCGAGCGCCCUUAGCAGCGCGCCGAGUCUCGCACCGCGUUGCGCGCGCCACCGCGAGGAGCUGAAGCUCUACUGCGAGGAGGAGCACGAGCUCGUGUGUCUCGUCUGCGCCGUCUCUCAGGAGCACCGGUCUCACGCGCUGGUCUGCGUGGACGAGGCCGAGCAGAAAUACAGGAAUUCGCUAAGCAGCUCAGCCAUGGCAAUUCAGGCAGAGCUAAACACAGCACUGGAGUGCGAAAGAGAGACCGAGGAUGAGGUGAAGAAACUGAAGGAACACACCGCGGACCUCAAGCAGCGUAUCGAGGCCCAGUUUAGUGACCUCCACCAGUUCUUGUAUCAGGAGGAGAAAAUGCUGCAGGUGAAGCUGAAGACAGAAGAGCGGCGGGAGCUGAUCCGCCUGGACGAGCACAAAGCCCUGCUUUGUGUGGAGAUAUCACGACUGCGCCGUGCAGUCUCAGAGAUCGAAGAAAAACUGAGGGAGCAUGAUCCCCACAUACUUCUGCGGAACAUAAGGACUCUGCUUCAAAGGCAGCCAAUGAAGUUUGAGAAACCAUGUUUGACACCACCACAGCUGUGUGAGGGUCGAUUUGCUGGGCCGCUGCAAUACCGCGUCUGGAAAUCUCUGAAAGGCAGCCUCUAUCCAGUGCCUUCAGCCAUCACGUUCAACUCAAGCACAGCGAACCCGUGGUUGAGCGUGACCCCGUCCCUCACCUGUGUACGGUACCAGACCUUCAACAGCUCUGCCCGUGACAACCCGCAGCGCUUUGACGCCGCUCUGUCUUUGCUCGGCAGUCAAGGGUUCACCCACGGAUGCCACUACUGGGAAAUUGAGGUGUCAAGCAGUGCUGUGUGGACGGUGGGCGUGGCACGAGAAUCUGUUGCCAGAAAGGGUGUGAUCAAAGCAUUGCCGGCCAACGGUUUCUGGACUGUCUCGCUCUCUUAUGGUGUGCAGUACAUGGCAGGGACGUGGCCCCCCACCGUCCUGUCCUUGCAUGAGCAGUUGGAGCGUAUCGGUGUGUACCUGGACUAUAAGAGAGGCCUCGUGUCGUUCUACAACGCUGAGAGCAUGACGCACCUCUACACGUUCUGCGACACCUUCAACGAGACCCUCUAUCCUUACUUCAAUCUCGGUUUCCUAGAUAAAGUGCAUGAGAAUGAGCCACUUAAAGUUUUCAUGCCCAAAAUAUGAGCGGGAAUUCUGGUGCUAAUGCAAUAAAGAGGACAUUGUAGGGUCCAAGACCUUGAGUGCACGUCCAUGUUUUACUGCAUCAUUUAUCAAAUCAUUUAUUCUUCCCAGUGUUUUAGUGUUCUGAAAUCCUUUGUUUAGUGGUGCGAUAAAUCCUUAUUUAUGAUCCUCUUCACUUCUUGUUCCUUUCAAAGUCAUUUUGAUUUAAUAUCAUUCACACUGUUAUCUAGCAAUUGUGAGUCCAAAUCAUAAUGAGAAUCCCAAGAGAGUCAUGAUGGGAGACCUAGAGAGUUAAAUUAGCCUUGUUCAAUACAUAAAUUGGGUCAAAAAAAAGAAAGGAAAUAUUUAUAGGAUUCGUUUUUUUUUUUUGUUAUGAAUACAAUGAUUAUAAAAGUCAUGCUGGGAGCAGACAUGAAAUCUGCUUUGACAACCGGGUUACUGAUUUUUCUACCUCUGUAAAUAAUUCAUCCUUGUUUAACUGUAAGGAAACACAGAAGGUGGAUAGAGAAUAAACAUUAGGGAGAGGUGGAAGUUGAUAAUUUCUUUAUUUCCUCGUAUCUAAUUUUCAUUAUAUUGAGAAAAUUCUAUUCAAAUGUGACAGGAAAUGAUCAUCACAUCUAAAACCGUAGUUCUCUCAGACCUUUAGACCUCAUUGUAGACCAGGCUGGACCUGGUGUAGAUAUGGAUAUUCUGUUCUGGCUAUUAUUUUUGUUUUUGUUUUGUGUUGUUUUUAUACUUUUGUGUAAAUAGAGGAGGAAACCAAAUACACAAUAUGGGCAAAAGUUUGUGGAUACCAGACCAUUAGAUUAAAAUCUGUAUUUUAGAUUCCAGUUGAAUGCUGCUGGUACAGCUUACACUCUUCCAGUCGAUUUUAUAAUAUGGCUUUGGGAAUUUCAAUCAAAGAGCAUUAGUGAGGUGAGACACUGAUAUUCACUGAGGAGGUCUGGGGUGCAGCUGGCAUUCCAAAUUAUCCCAAAAGUGUUCAGUGGGGUUGAUCUCUGUGCAGGACACUUAAAAUGUUUCACUCCAGCUUUAACACACCAUGUCUUCAAGAAGCUUGCUUUGUGCACUGAGGCAUUGUCAUGCUGGAACAGGUUUGGACCCCUUAGUUCCAGUGAAGGGAAAGUGUAAUGAUAUAGUAUAGAAAGAUAUUUAAUUCAAUUGUGUGCUUCUAACAUUUGUGGUUUGGGAAUGCAAUAUAUGGGUGUGAUGAUCUGGUGUUCCCAAAAACGGCUUGUUAUUGUUUGUCAUCCAGACCUGUAUAGUUUAUGUAUUGCAUACAUAUUGUCAUAUUCAUUAUACACAUUAUUACAUUAAGGUAUACUGGUAUACCAAACUAUAUAAUGGCAAUCCAGUAAUAUUUUAUUUUGUCCUGUAAAAUGUUUUUAAUGUUUUAAAUGAUAAGCCAGUAAAUCUGUUCAACAGUAUUGAGAUUAUUUUCAAAAGGCUAUAAUAUGUUAGAACCUGCAGAUGCUAUAUAUUUGAUUAUACCAAGAGAUGUAUUCUAAUGGGCUUAGAGCUCAUGUAAUAAUCUCACCUCACCAUUAAGAGCUAUAAAAAACAUCACAGUGUCUAAUAACUAAUAAAAAAAAUUUGACCAGCA